AUGUGCGGAGUGAGAACGCAUUGGUUGGUGGCCAUCGUCGUCGACAAAGAUUCUUUCGCGCAAGCCAAAUGCAUCGAGUCCUGGAUACUGUGGAAUAAUUUCGUGACUACCAAGUCACGCACUCCCCAUUUUCCGCCGGCCUGCAAGUUGAACCGAGGAUACCUUCAACAUUCCAAUGGCUCCAAAUCCAACGUGGAGACAAAGACGCAACCAUCUUGGUCAGCAACGAAGCUCAAGACGAACCGCAACCAACCGAGAACCCCUGCCUUACAUCAAUCACAAUUUUCUGUCAAACAAAACCUAAUUUCAGAACUAUCCAAGAUGAAGACCGCUAUCAUUGCAUCCCUUAUCGCCUCGGCUGCUGCCUUUGCUCCCAGCAAGCAAGCACCCAGCACUUCUGUUAGCUUGAACGCUUUCGAGGACGACUUCGGUGCCACCGCUCCUCUUGGAUUCUUCGAUCCCCUUGGCCUUGUCGAGGAUGGUGAUGAAGCCAAGUUCAACCGUCUCCGAUACGUUGAGGUCAAGCACGGACGCAUCUGUAUGCUUGCCGUUGUUGGAUACAUCUACACAUACGCAGGAAACCGCAUCGAAGGAGACAUUGAUCUCUCCGGAACCAGCUUCGAAGACAUCCCUGCCGGACUUGAAGCUCUUGGAGCCAUCCCCGCUCUUGGUAUGCUCCAACUUGUUGGAUUCAUCGGUUUCUUGGAAAUGUUCGUCAUGAAGGAUGUCAACGGAGACGGUGAAUUCCCCGGUGACUUCCGUAAUGGAUACAUUGACUUCGGAUGGGACCGAUUCUCAGACGAAGAGAAAUUGAACAAGCGCACCAUCGAAUUGAACCAAGGACGUGCUGCUAUGAUGGGAAUCCUCGGACUUAUGGUGCACGAAGUUCUUGGAUACGGACUCCUCCCUGAUGCUGAGUAA